AUGGAUAGCGGGAAAAACGGUGGACGUCUUUCAAAAACACGCUAUUCGGAUACGUCUGUACCCUUCAAAUAUUUUAUCGACCCCUCUGAAUUCCCCUUGGUUGAUAAUUGGGAGAAAGCUGAAGUGAGUCUUUUUCAAGCACCGAGAAGGUCUUCAUUCCAUCCUACAACCAAUUUCCAGCCUGGAAACCAAAAUCUCCUCUCGACAAAUAAAAACCAGCGUCAGACAUCCCUAAGUGGAAUCACAGACUCCAGUUUGAGCAGCGGUUUUGCCAGCGAUCUCUCCAGUGCCGCAGCACCAUCAACCCGUUUCCCAAGUUUUUCUCUUGCUAGCAUGGAAUCUCUGGAAGCUGCGGACUCCACGUGGUUCAACUUCGAUCCAAAUGGGGUCUCCUCAGCAGCAGCAACAGCAACAACAACAACAACAAAUAGCGUCACCGCAGAAUCCUCUAAAAUGAUAAAUAAAAAAGACGAAAGUAAUAGCAAUGGCUCAAAAAAACACCGACGCUUUGCAGACGCUCGUCAGCGAUCGGGUUCAAUGGCAGCUGGAAACAUUUCAACAAUUGCUCAAAAUAAUCAACAAAAGAAUGCCCAGAGACGCAUGUCCUUUUCCGUCCCCACGUUACAGGCGUGGAAGCGAAAUGGCUAUUUCAUCCAAUUGGAAGAUGACAGUUGUACCGGAAAUGAGGAUACAAGGGCCUUUGUUCUUUGUCAGCUGACAGGUCACGGUGCGUCUGAAGUCUCUUGCCUGGCUUGUGGUCGACUCCUCCCCGUGUAUGAUCAUUUUCCUCUUCUUGACGGUGCCCUCUUCCUCUCCCCUAUUUGUCAUAGAGGUGGUCUUCAGAGGUUGACUACUGCAGACCGUUUUACCACCUGCGUGUGCCCAUUCAAAUAUUUUAAAAUGAGUUCAGAUGUCGAAAACAAACGUCCAUUCAGUGAACGUAAGGGCCAUACAAUUGCGACCGCUGUCUGA